AUGUCGCGUCCUCCUCCCAACGCACGAUCCUCGGUCGCAAGCGGCCUCGCACCGCCUGGUCCUCCUCCAGGCUACCCUACCAGCACGCACGGGUCCGCCAUCUUCCCCCAUCCUCCUCCAAUGAGCGUUGCGCCAACAAGCCGGCCACAAUCGCGUCUCGAGCCUCCUCCACUCUCGGCCACACUGGCCCCUAUGCCCGGCACCCUCGAGCGGCCGAUCCAAGGACCUCGAAAGCGCCUCAUCGUGACCUGUGACGGCACCUGGCUGGACGCGGACAAUGGGAUCCUACGCGAUGGAACAAAACAACCGCCCUCGAACGUAAGCCGCAUCGGCUGGGCCAUCAAGGACACCUCACGCGAUGGCAUUCCCCAGAUCGUCAACUACCAGGCCGGCGUCGGAACGAGCGGCGGAGCCGCAGCGCGUGCGGUCGGUGGCGCGACGGGGAUGGGAUUGAAAGAAAACAUGCGCGAAGCCUACACAUAUGUCGCGAUCAACUGGAAGCCGGGAGACGAGAUCUUUCUGAUCGGAUUCUCGAGAGGAGCGUUUACAGCGCGAUCUGUGGGCGGUCUGAUUGGCGACUUGGGCCUGCUCACGCGCGCGGGAUUGCCGUUUUUCAACGAGAUUUUCGAGGACUGGCAGCACCGCGCGGACGAGCGGUAUGUGUCGAAGUUUCCGGACGCGCCGUUUCCGGGGAAAGGCCCCUUCGAUGCGCAUUACGUGCACGAGUUGUCGAGGAGAGGCUUGACCACGCUCCAUGUGCCCAUCAAAGCGGUGUGCUGCUGGGAUACGGUCGGCAGCUUGGGCAUUCCGCGCGUCGGGUGGUUGGAGAAUUUGGGAUUACAGUCGAGAGGCAUGCAUGCUUACGAGUUCUACGACACGAGGCUGAAUUCGUGUGUUGAAAACGCGUUCCAGGCUUUGGCGUUGGAUGAGAGGAGGGGUCCGUUCGCCCCGGCGGUUUGGGAGAAGAAGGAUAACGACCGGACGAACUUGGUGCAGUGCUGGUUCCCGGGCGUGCAUAGUAAUAUCGGCGGCGGGUAUGACGAUCAGGAACUGGCCAACAUCACACUCGCGUGGAUGAUGAGCAAGCUCGAACCGUUCUUGGAUUUUCGCCCGAGUUUUCUCAUGGGCCAGUGGGAGGAGACUCGUGCUUAUUACAAGAGUACGGGACAGAAGACGCGGUGGUGGAGUUUUGGCGAGAUAUAUAAUAGCCUCCGGGGGAUAUACUCUUUGACAGGCGCGCGGACGAGGACACCAGGAGGGUAUUAUCGGGUGGAUCCUAGUGGAAGGCCAACGGGGAAGAGGCUGAGGAAUACCAAUGAGUAUAUCCAUGCCAGUGUGCGGGCGAGACUAGGGUUACAGGGUCCUGGGCUGCAGGAUCGGGGCGUGUAUGAACCGCCCGCCCUAAAGGAUUGGACUUUUGAUACGGAAUUCGUGCCGGGGAGUGGAGGUGAUGGGUUGAUGGUUGUCUGGACAGAUCGUGGUGGAGGGUCGAGGAAGAAAGGUGGGCAGGACAAGAUCCCGGAAGCGAGAAUGAGUGAGACGGAGAUGGUGCUGCUGAGGCAGAGUCCACGGGUGGAUGACUUUGUGAAUGGUCUGAAGCCACCGGGCGCGAAGCACGAAAAGAGGCGGUCGAAGAGGCCCGAUGUGAAUGGAGGGACAGCGCCGCCUAUGGCGGGAGUGGAUCCGCGAAGACGAAGUGCGCCGCCCGAUGGGUAUCCGCCGGUCGAUACAGAUGAUGAGAGGAGAAGACGGAAGAGGAGGGAGUCGAGGGAUCCCGACCGGCAGAGACGACGGAGAAGUCGACGCUACGAUGACUGA